AUGAACACAGAUCUUGGCUCUUCUGCCACCCAGAGUCUAACCCAACAACCUGCGGAAACAGCUGUGAACUCCGGUGUCGGCUCCGUCACCCUCCACUGCACGGUAGCCAGCAAAACCGGCCAACUCUUCUGGAUCAAAGAUGGCGAGCACAUCGGGUCGGACCAAGAUGUCAACAUUCCCGGCCGCUCCCGUUAUUCCAUCGUAGGAGAUGCCUCAGCCGGAGAGUAUAACCUGAAGAUCGUAGAUGUUACCCUGGCGGACGAUGGUCUUUACCAGUGCCAGGUGACACCAAGUGCUACGGAUGAGGGACUCAAAUCCAAUACGGCCAAACUAACCGUCCAGAGACCACCGGGUUCCGUGUCCCUUGAUGGCAGUCCAACGAUGUCUGUCGAGGUCACGGAGCAAGUCAACCUCACCUGCAAUGCCAACGCUGCCAACCCCGCUGCCACCAUAGAAUGGUUCCGUGAUAACGAACCCCUAGAGGGCGCCGUAUACAGUUCAGGACGAGCAGCCAAUGAUGUCUCUGGCAAGCUUUGGGAUGCUGUCAGUGAGCUUACCGUGACGCCUGGACUGAUAGACCACGGGCCGUUAUAUGAGUGCCGUGCAUCAAAUGCAGCUCUUACUGAGCCAAUGACGUCAAGCUUGACCUUUGAUGUGCAACAUGCUCCGGUUGUUGCCGUGGAAACAGAACCAGCCAAUGUGCGAGAAGAAACCACCACGAUAUGUCGCUGUGUGGUGAAUGCCAAUCCAAGGAGUGUUUCCUACGUAUGGACUAAGAAUGGGGAAACAAUGACAGGGGUUGACGGUAACCAGAUGGAACUACUUGUCACAAAGGAAGAUCACAAAGCUACAAUCAAAUGCACAGCCACAAACACAAUAGGUACUACAGAAGGGACUAUGGAACUCAAUGUGCUGUAUGGUCCAAGACUCGUUGAGGUACCAGCCAGUGUGUCAGUAGAUGAAGGCAGCCCUGCUCAGAUGUUGUGCAUCGGCGAUGGCAACCCCACCCCUACAACCAAAUGGACUCGCCUUGGGUCCCGAGCUACGCUCAGCACCAUGCAAAGCCUGCAGUUUGACACGGUUCGGGAGUCUGACGUGGGAGUGUAUGUUUGCUCCGUAACCGUACCAGGCUUCGACCCCAUCACAACUAUAGGCAGAUUGGAUAUAAAUUCUGUACCCCUCAUUGACAGUCUAUCAAUCCAGAAAGCCAAGAUUGGUAGUACAGCAACGUUAGAAUGCAGCACAGAUACCAAACCUGACCCGUACCUUAUCAUGUGGAGCUGGGAUGACAUCGAGUUAGAAACAGGGAGUGUUGGUCGUUUUGAGGCAGAGCAGGUAGAGGCAUCUAGCGGAGGGAUCGCUAGUCUACUCCAUAUCACGAAAGUACAGAAGGAGGAUUAUGGUGAUUAUAACUGCACGGUUUGGAAUGAAAUUGGGAUCCAGUCUAAGAUUAUUACUCUUGAACAGCAAGGUAUGGAUCUUAUCAUCUACAUCAUCAUUGGAGUUGUUUCUGCAUCUGGAUUCAUCUUCAUAAUGACAAUAAUCUUCAUGGCUUACUGCAGAAGAAGAUAUAGGAAGAAGAAAGUCCAAUCAGAAACCACCAGCAAAGAAGCCAUCCCCGUCGAGAUCAUCCCCCAAGUCAUGUCUCUGAAGGACGCCCUCAACAAGGGGAAGAAGACAGGCGACGAACCCGACGGGUCCCCCCAUAGCUCCGGGUCACGCCCUCGCUAUGCCAUGCCGCAUGAGUUUGUCAAUCGUAGGCGUGAUUCGUGGGAUGAUCCCCAGUAUAGACGGAGGCAGUCCAAUGAAUACAUGGAACCCCAUCACUUUGAUAGGCGCCCUCCGCCACCAUGGGAAGACGAUGACAACCGCCGCGAUCCUUACAACGAUGACGACCCGUACGCCCGGCACGACAGUCACUAUUCAAAAUUUGAGGAUGCCGAACCAGAGCCCAUCUACCAUGAUCGUAGUAUCCGAAGCCAGCGCAGUCGUCAUAGCGACCAUGAGGAUUACGUGGACCCGCAGGACUUCUGUGACCCGCCAUACACACGCUAUAAACCGGAGGGAAAAGAGUACCGUGAUCGUGAUGAUCCUUACGAUUACGAUCGCGAGUCCGAUAAGGAUUCAGAAAUCUCGUACGAUUCUAAAGAUAGACUUGCAACCAAUGUAUGAGAUUUCAGUGUUAUUGUCUUUUAUGUAGAUUUGGAAGGGGGUCCUAGUAGUUAUAUAACUUACAGCCAUUUGGAUUCUGUAAUCUUUAAAGUAAUGAAUAAAGCCUUACCUAUCCCACUAUUUCAUAAAUAUAAAAGGCUAUAUGUAUCUUACCAACAAUUUUUGUACCCCCCGCCAAAUGAAGUUUAAAGGGGGUACCGAUAUAGAGGAAUCAGUGUCCAGGCGGGCGGUUGGUUGGCCAUUGCGUUCCAAAUAUUGCGCAUCAAAGUACUUCCUCAGUUUUUAACCAAUUCUCAUAAAACUUGGCACACACAUUGCUGAUGGGGUAAAGAUGUGCAAGACACAUUUUUCGUAUGUAUCGGACAUUGUGUUGCCAUGGUAAGGGUAUAUUAUGGCAAAAAUAAGGUAAAAAUCUUGCUUUUCGAACUACUUCCUCAGUUUUCAACCAAUUCUCAUGAAAUUUAGCACACACAUUGGUCUUGAGGUAAAGAUAUGCAAGACAUAUAUAAUGUGUUUCAGAAAUCAUGUUGCCAUGGUACCGACAUAUUGUAUGGUAAAAAAUUAGGUGAAAAUCUAUCGGUUUGAAUUACUUCUUAAAUUUUCAACCAAUUCACAUGUAAUUUGGCUCACGCAUUGGUCUUGAGGUAAAGAUGUGCAGGGCAUACUUUUCCAUGUGUUGAAAAUCAUGUCGCCAUGGUAACAACAUAUAUGUAACAAAAAUUAGGCACAAAUCUUGCAGUUUGAACUACUUCAUCUGUUUUUAACCAAUUCUCAUGAUCUUUAUCUCACACAUUGGUCUUGGGGUAAUACUAGGCAAGACAUAUUUUUUCUGUGUGUUGGAAACUUUUGCUAUGGUAAUGGCGUACAGCGGGGGUAUUAAUCACCUUCAGUGAUAGUUCGAGUUUACUUUGGCAUCACUUGUGAAAUAUGAUUAGAUUCAAAGGGUUUACAGAAGAAAAAUAUUGUAUUUGAGUGUUUGAAUAUGUUGAUGUUUGUAAUAAUGCUAUAUAGGUGUGUUAAACAUUGUUUCUUUAAUAUAUAUGUGAAUUAUCGUAUUUGUAUGGUUUUCUGUCAUCAAAGAAAAUGCAUUUAGGACUGCGCACAGUGGAAAAUGUUCAGGCCGAGCCUGGGUCAAGACAAUUGCACGGUUACUUUUAGUACCGCAUUUUUGCCUUUUCAGCAUUUACAGUGACAAGAUUUUAGUGAACAGAAACAAAUUUGGAAGUAACAGGCCCUUCUAUGCGAGUAAAAGUAUGUUAUUGAAUUUGAUGGUAUUCUCUAAUAUCUAAGCAAUCAAGUGAGCCCAUUCAAACCUAUGGCCCAUAUUCUGAAGUCAGGUUUAACUUAGACCACGGUCUAACUCUGUGCUAAAUUUAUGGGGAGCCAAAAGUUCAAAAAUUCUGUUCAUAUUGUAUAUUUCUUAUGUUUACUAUUUUGUUUCCUUCUGCUUUCAUUAUGAAGAAAAAUACUUCAGUUAUCAUUCCCAGACAAUUAUCAACAAUUUGGGUGUCAUAUGAGUUAAUAUAUUGAACGUGUACUGUAAAGUAUUUGUGCUCCAAUUGGCUCUCCAUACUUUAACCACAACUUUAAACCAGGGUUUAAUUUAAACCCGAGUUCAGAAUAUGGGCCUAUGAAAGUUUGUGAGAUUAUGUAUUGUAUUCGACUUUGUGAAAACAGGUAUAUUUACAUAUUAUAUGCAUAUAUUCAAUGAAAUUGAAAAGUACUGAAAAAAUUGGUCAUUUAUUUCCUCUGUUUUUUUUUACCAGUACUCAUGAUUCCAUACACGCCAAGAUUAGUAUGUUCAUGUUUUUUUUUUAAACGUGUAAAUAAUCUUAGACUAAACUGUGCAUAUAAAGUACACUUUAUCAUGUAUUUGCAUUUUAGUAGCUAGCAUUUAUAGACUCAUUAUCAUUAGACUUGUACUUCAAAUUUAUGUUAUUUGCCAAAUAUGUUUUUUUAAUACUUUCCAAUGUAUCCUUCUGAGUGAAAAAAGAAAUGCGACAGUUUUUUUUAAGUAUCCAUUUGGUAUCCUUUUACAUUCUUAUGCCACAUUUUUGCCAAAAACAAAAUGUAAAGAAAAUACUUUCUUAUUUUCUUGCUCUGCCUCUGCCUCAUGCUUGAAUGAAAAA